CCUUUUCGGGAGGAGAAUGGCUGGCAGGAAUCGUCGGUCAAAAUCCCUCUCCCUUUUGAAGGGAAAGCAACACGCGGUGGAGAGGCCAAUGUACCCACACUUGAGGUCAAUGGCAUCUAUCACCGGAAGAUCGCCAGUGUCAUUCAAGCCGCACUUGAGGACCCCACAGUCUCAACAACAUACAAUACCACACCAUUCGAGCAGCGCUGGAAAACUUCUGACGGACGUGAUAUUCGAGUUUACUCAGAGGCAUAUAGUUCUGAUGCUUGCUUGGAUGCCUUUCACGAAGUUCAACACGACUCCCGCAUUCCUAACGAUGGUCUCGAGCGCAUGGUGGUAUCUAUCAUGCUCUGGUCUGAUUCAACCCGCCUUGCAAACUUUGGCGAAGCUUCACUCUGGCCAAUUUAUAUGCAACUUGGUAAUCAGUCGAAGUAUACACGUGGCAAACCCUCAGCCAAAGCUUGCCAUCACCUUGCGUAUAUUCCAAAGCUUCCCAGUGGCUGGCAACACGAGUAUGAGAAGAUCUAUGGUAAACCACCCACAACAGAUGUUCACACUCACCUCAAACGUGAGCUUGUACAAGCAAUCUGGCGUAUUCUUCUGCAGGAUAAGGACUUCAGACGCGCUUAUACUGAGGGACUUGUGGCGCAGUGUGGUGACGGUAUCAUCCGUCGAGCUCUAAUUCGAUUUUUCACAUAUACAGGUGACUACCCUGAGAAGAUGAUCCUAUGCACGCUCAAAUUCUUGGGCCAGAUGCCAUGUCCACGUUGUCUAACCCCCAAGCGCUAUCUUGGGGAGAUGGGAACAAAGUUGGACAUGCAACGGCGCAUUAGACACCGCAUUGAUAGCACUCAACGUCAAGACCUUAUCCAGAGAGCUCGUACUAGGAUCUUCAAGAAGGGGUACUCCAUUAAAUCGUCUCGCAUUUCUUCACUUCUAACAUCGCACUCUUAUGUGCCAACUCUGAACGCUUUCUCCGAGUUUCUGCUUGAGCAAGGUGUCAACUUCUUUUCUCUUUUCGUUGUCGACCUGCUGCAUGAGUUUGAACUGGGUGUAUGGAAGGCAAUUUUCAUUCACCUUGUUCGCAUUUUACUUGCUGUUGGAGGCUCUGCAGCUGUAAAGGUCAAUUCUCGGUGA